AAAUGAGCAGAACAAAAAGAGAAGAAAGCAAUCUGAGAGCUACUGAGAAAGUGAGCGAGAGAGAGAGAAAUUCUGUCACAUGGUGGAGUCCUACACUCUUAAUCUUACUACUACUCAGACUUUUAGGGUUCAUUCUCUCAAGCUAAUCUUCUUCUAGCAGUCUCAUCUUUCCCACCUCUGAACUCCCUUUUUUUUUUUCCCACUUGGGCUCUCCACAUUCUCCAUGAAACCUCCCAUUUUCUUCUCCUCAAGCUUUUUUUCUCUGUUUUCUGAAUCUUUCUUUUACUUCUCUUAAUGCAUUUUUGUGAUAGGAACAAGGUGGCAUAUCAUCAUUUUCCAUACAUUGAAGUGUUUUUGUAUUGUACGAGAAUCCUUAGUUGAAGGUAGCCAUGGAAGAAGAUGAUAAGCUUAGAAGGCUAAGCAUUCUUGUGGUUUUGUGUCUCUUGAGGGUGUGUUGUGGUGUCACAGACUCCAAUGAUGUUAAAAUUCUAAAUGAUUUCAGAAAAGGUUUAGAUAAUGCUGAGCUUCUCAAAUGGCCAGAUGAUGGAGAUGAUGACCCUUGUGGCCCUCCUUCAUGGCCUCAUGUGUUCUGUUUUGGGGAUAGAGUUUCUCAGAUUCAGGUUCAGAAUCUGGGUCUUGAGGGAACUCUGCCUAAGAAUUUUAACCAGCUCUCGAAACUAUCUAAUUUAGGCCUCCAAGGAAACAAGUUCAGAGGGGAAUUACCUAGUUUUAGUGGCUUAUCAGAUUUGGAAUUUGUUUACUUAGAUAACAAUGAAUUUGACACAAUCCCAUUUGAUUUCUUUUAUGGUCUUACCAAUAUUCGAGUCUUGGCUUUGGAUCACAAUCCUUUUAAUGCCACAACCGGAUGGUCUCUUCCUGAGGAUUUAGCAGAAUCAGUUCAAUUAAAUAAUCUUUCUUUAGUUGAGUGUAACUUGGUUGGUCCAGUUCCGGAUUUUCUAGCAACAUUGCCUUCCCUCAUGGUGCUGAAACUCUCAUACAACAGAUUGUCUGGUGAGAUUCCUAUAAGUUUUGGACAGACUUUGAUGCAGAUUUUGUGGUUGAAUGAUCAAGAUGGUGAGGGGAUGACUGGUCCAAUCGAUGUGAUAGCGUCCAUGACUUUGUUGAUACAAGUUUGGCUACAUGGGAACCGAUUCACAGGAAUGAUUCCGGAGAAUAUUGGUGACCUUUCUUCACUCAAGGAGCUCAACCUCAAUGGAAACAGGCUUGUUGGACCAAUUCCUCAAAGCUUGGCCAAUAUGGACCUCAACAGAUUAGACUUGAGCAAUAACCUGUUUGUUGGUCCCAUACCAAAGUUCAUGGCUGGUAACGUUUCUUAUGCUUCCAAUUUUUUUUGUCAACCUGAUCCUGAUCUUGAAUGUGCACCAGAAGUUACUGCACUUUUAGACUUUCUUCAUCAUGUAAAUUACCCUGACAUGCUUGUUUCUGAGUGGUCUGGUAAUGAUCCGUGCGCCGGUCCAUGGAUCGGUUUGAGUUGUAAUCCAGACUCCAAAGUUUCUAUUCUAAAUUUGCCUGGACGUAAGCUGAAUGGCACUCUUAGUCCUUCACUUGCCAACUUAACUUCUCUGAUCGAAAUUCGGCUUUCGGGAAGCCAUUUAAAUGGUACCAUUCCUGAGAAUUUAAUUGAAUUGGAGCAUUUGAGACUGUUGGAUUUAACUGGAAACAAUCUUGAGCCUCCACUGCCGAGCUUUCGAGAUAGUGUGAACCUCAUCAUAGAUGGAAAUUCUUUGUUUUUGCUUGCAAACCAGACAACUCCAGCUGCCAUACCUGUGGGAAGUCCAUUGCCUGGUCCAGCAUCAACACCUCCCUCCUCAUCUCCAUCAAGUGACUCAUUAUUACACUCUCCAACAUCUAAUACUCGACCAUCUCCAGCUUCUAUUUCUGAUGGAUCUAAUCCUGAUGAAGUAGAAUCGAAGCCGGAACAAUCUAAAAGAUCGAAACAAGUUACAACUGUGGUUGGAAUUUCUGGUGCCGCUACUUUUGUUGCUUUUAUGACUCUAUUUCUGUCUAUAUACUGUUUUAGGAAGAGGAAAGAAAGAUUAGAGGCUCCUAGUUCAAUUGUGAGUCAUCCUAGAGAUCCAUCUGAUCCAGACAAUAUGGUUAAGAUAGCAGUUUCACAUAACACUACUGGAAGCUUAUUCACUCCAACUGCAUCUAGUUCUAUCAGCAGCAGUGGCACUGACUCAAGGCAGAUUGAAGCUGGAAAUCUCCUUAUAUCGGUUCAGGUUCUUCGGAAGGCGACUAAGGAUUUUGCACCUGAAAAUGAGCUCGGCCGUGGUGGAUUUGGAACUGUUUACAAGGGGGAGCUGGAAGAUGGAACAAGAAUAGCUGUUAAAAGAAUGGAAGGUGGAUUAAGUAGCAACAAAGUACAUGAAGAGUUUGAUGCUGAAAUUGCUGUUCUAUCCAAGGUCAGACAUCGACAUUUGGUUUCUCUCUUGGGGUACACCAUUGAAGGCACUGAGAGGCUUCUUGUUUAUGAUUAUAUGCCUCAAGGAGCCCUUAGUAGACAUCUUUUCCAUUGGAAGAGCUUAUGUUUGGAACCUAUAUCUUGGAAAAGAAGACUCAUAAUUGCACUUGAUGUUGCUAGAGGAAUGGAGUAUCUACAUGGCUUAACCCACCAAACUUUCAUACACCGUGAUCUCAAAUCUUCCAACAUUCUUUUGGGGGAUGACUUCCGAGCCAAGGUUUCGGAUUUCGGAUUGGUCAAACUUGCUCCUAAUGGUGAAAAUUCUGUUGCAACUAAACUCGCUGGAACAUUUGGAUAUCUUGCACCUGAGUAUGCAGUUAUGGGGAAGAUCACUACCAAAGCUGAUGUGUUCAGCUUUGGAGUUGUGUUGAUGGAGCUUUUAACUGGCUUGAUGGCGCUAGACGAAGGGCGGUCAGAAGAAAGCCGGUACUUGGCCAAUUGGUUUUGGCAAAUAAAGUCAAGCAAGGAGAAGCUCAUGGCUGCUGUUGAUUCAACUCUUAAUAAUGCAGAUGAAGAAAGCAUCACCACAGUAGCUGAGCUUGCCGGACACUGCACUGCCAGGGAACCAAACCAUCGGCCUGACAUGGGCCACGUUGUGAAUGUGCUAUCUCCAUUGGUUGAGAAGUGGAUACCAGUUUAUGAUGAGUUAGAUAGUUGUUCUGGCAUUGAUUAUAGGCUACCGCUUCCCCAGCUGCUUAAGGCUUGGCAAGAAAUAGAAAGCAAUGAGGAUAAUAGCUAUUGCAAAAAUAAUCUCAAUGACAGCAAGGGGAGUAUUCCAGCCAGGCCUGUGGGGUUCGCAGACUCCUUGAGAUCAACUGAUGCUCGAUGAGUAAAAAAUGAUGCUAUGAAAGUUCCAUCAAUGGCUUUAUCUGGCAUAUUUCUACCCAAAAUUAUUAACUUAUACAAGAGAUACAUGUGCUUUCUAGGCCAUGAUGAUGAACAUUUAACAUUGGUUCUCACAUACAGUUUACAGUGCUCAAAAGGCCACUGUCGAUGUGAUUCUGAACUUUGUUUCAUUAUAUUUGAAAAUAUAUUGCUUGAGACACCAUUGUAGAUGGAGAAACUUCGUUCAAAUUGCUUGAGGUGUGGUUUAUCAUGUUUUUGUUACAUAGAGAAGACAGUUUUGUAAAGAAUCAAUAUUGAGAUGUUCUCAUUUAGAUAUUCUGUGUUACUCCUAUGAAAAUUCUGAUUAUAGUAUGUGAACUUACACUUUAUUUCUUUAUAUAUUUAUUUUUUUUAUGAAA